CGGUUAAAAUCAAGAAGAACAAGGACAAUGUGAAAUUUAAAGUGCGUUGCAGCCGAUACCUGUACACUUUGGUCAUCACUGACAAGGAGAAGGCUGAGAAGCUGAAGCAAUCUCUACCCCCAG